AUUCACAUUGCGCCCGUGAGCGCACGUACCGUCCGCUGGCCAGCGCUGCUCACAAGACCGGACUGUCACGCCCCCAUGACACGUUAUAUUCUCAGUUAUUUAAGACGCUGCUUUCAUCAGCAGGUACAGUUCGCUGGGACCUCUCACCAGUCGAGUCUCUACAAGACCAGCAUUUUUACAAGUUUCUUCACAGUAACAGAUGAUGGCUCACUCAUUUCAGUCCUGUACGCAUGCUAUGGCCCUACUGAAGAAAUUGAAUUCCCAGCGGGAGCUGGGAUGUUUCUGUGACUGUGUGAUCCGACUACACCUCCAUACGGGGAAGCUUUAUUUGGCUCAUAGAAAUAUCCUAGCUGCUUCGAGUCCUGUCCUCGCAUCCCUCCUGUCUGAUCAGAGCACCCUGCUGGAUUUACACUAUCCAAGCCUCACACCUGAAACACUGACGCUGCUGCUGGAAUUCAUCUAUACAGGAAGCCUGCCCCCACCUGGUCUGGAGGACUCAGUCCACUCUGCUGCCACCUUUCUUGAAAUGGAAGAAUUACAACAGGCUCUUACUCAUAGGCAGGCUGUUUUGUCAGAGUCACCCAAGAAUAUGGAAACUGGUGACAUACAGGCUGCGUUGGCUGAUUCCCCCUCAGCAGAGAAGAAUGUGAUGGAUUUAUGUACCUGUAAAGGGUCCAAGUGGCCUUGCACAUCAGCCCCACUGCGGGAGGGCGUUCCCGUCAUACAUCAUGUGGGCGUUGCGGAGAACAAAGGGGAGCUGCCCUUACGUCUCCAAGAGCACCGGUGCUGCACCAAGCCAUACCUCCUGCACGAUGGUGCAAGAGGGUUCGGAGCAGACUGCAUGCUGGAACUGCAUCCUGGUCGGUCUUCAGUGCAGCGUGGUGAGGUGUCAGGUGCGUAUGUGUGCAGUUCCAGUGCAAAGGACAAGGAAAAAUCGCAGCUCCUGCAUUGGGCUGUGAAAGAGAGUGAAAAACCGCCAUUACAGUGUACAGGGCAAACCGUCAUCACUACCGUUCUGUGUUCGGAAAUUGACUAUGAGCAUGGAUUCCAAGCUGGUGGGUCUCCUGUUAGACAUAUAAAAAAAACUGAAGAUUCUACAGAGGUCAGUUCAGGGCGGGGCUGUAUUCACCAUGAAAUGGGCGGCAAUACAGAUGACAGGGGCGAUACAGAUGGUUCGCAGUCAGAUAAAAUUUUCACAACUCAUCAGAGUUUUGAGGACAGGAAAUAUAACCUCAUUGGCUACAGGGAAGCUCUAGACUCCUGUCUGGAAACUUGCAGUGACAGGAGCCAGAUCUGUGUUGUACAAUGUUCAAAGAAAAGCGCUAGCAGUGAUCCCGACAUGGCCAGCUCCUGCGGAGAAAACCUGGAAGGCUAUCCAGAAAUUCCACAGCUGAACUCAUCCGGAGAGAACACACUGGCCAGUAAUUCCACGACGUUAGGAAUCGGUGAGAAAGGGAAAGAGAGGCUGCUUCAGCCACAGAAGCAGGAGCUGGCAGGUUAUCGGGGCUGUGUGACCUACCACUGUCUGGAGAGGAGACAGGAGACCGAUUCGGAAGAUGAAGCGACUCGUGUGCAUGGCCAAGCUCCCGCCACAAACAGCCCGAUGCCUGGCAGGCCGCCCACCACGGAAGCCGGCAGCUCUGAUGAGGUUUUGGGGAACGCAGAGGGACCUGCCCAGCCGUACUGGUGUGGCAUGUGUGAGCGCGCAUUCAGUCAGCGCGGCUCUCUGAACCGGCACCUGCGCUCUCACUUGGGGGUCCGGCCCUAUCCCUGUCCCUGCUGCCCCAUGACCUUCUCGCGGCAGUACCGCGUCCAGGAGCAUCUGCGCGUGCACCAGAGGAGCUGCGCGCACCCCCACAGAGCGGAUCCUUCCUGAUCUGGCGAUCCUGGCAUCGGGGAUUUCCCAUGGCUCCGUGCUCACGUUGGCAAAUCCUCUGCUGAGGUAGAAGCCAACCCCCACAGGGUCUACUGGCCCAUGCGAGGCUUCAGCACCAAACUGCCAUUUUUCUCUGUCUUCCAGGAUAAUUUUUUAUUUGUGAGAAAUACAAAACAAUAGGGUAUGAUGCAGCUUGAGUGCAUUUCAGCUGGUCCAGCUGCCAUGAUGUUAUUGCCGGGAGCGCAGCUGAAACUCCCAUCU